AUGGAGUCUGUUGAUGUAAUGGCUGGUGCUGGUGCGGCCACUAGUGGACGGCCUUUAAUUGAGAUCAUCGAUGAGGGUCAGGUUGACCUCAGUUCUGAUGGAAUAGAGUCUUUUGAAGACUCUUCUUCCCCUUCAUAACUCACCUCUGUCUUCUCCGAUCGUUGCCCCGACUUUGCUGACGCUAUGGAUGAUAGCGACCGUCCCCCCAAAGAAACGUCCUCUCCUCCUUCUCUUCCCCCUUCUUCUGGUCAAGUUGGGUCUCGCUAUGAGGAGCGUAGCCUUUGCGCUAAAGCCAAAGGCUCGCUUGGGACUGCUAGUGUUCGUCAGUCCCCGCUUCUUAAGCCUUUGUCUGGCAAGCACGUUUCGCGGCAAGUUCUUGCUAGCAAACCAAAAGGGUCUGGUCUUCGCCGUAGUGCUUCCCUUGUGGAGCUUGAUCUGUAGUCCCUCCCCACCAACAGUUGCAUUCAUUUUUUAACACUCACUAGCAGUCCCAUUAAGCGUGCUGGUUUAUUGCAGUGGCUGAGCCCACCGUCAUGUGAUUCUGUGUGUCUCCAAGAGACUCGUGCUACUGAUACUGCUGAGGCCACUUCAUGGUUCUCCUCUUCUGGUUUUCUCACUGUUACGGCCCCUGGUACUGCUCACUCUCGUGGCCAGGUCCUUCUGUACUGCCCCAGCUUUUCUUUUGUCAACUCCUGGGUUGAACUUGAAGGACGUUUUCUGAUGGCCGAAUUCAGCAGGAGGGGCUCUUUCUUCAGGAUUUCAUCUGUCUAUGCACCUAACCGGACUCCGAGCGCGACGAAUUCUUUACCU